AUGGCUUCUGCUGUUCCCGCCCAAACCAUCGACGCCGAUGAACUUCUGUUAUGCUCGAUUCUCCACCGAACCGACUUCGCUUUGCAGACAAACUCCAAUCCUAACGUAUGGGCGGAGGAAAUCACCUCCAUGCUUCACUCCUCCGCCGUCACUCUCCCCUCCGUCGAGCUUGCUCGCCGUCUAGUUUCUCAUUUCUUUUGGAACUGUCACGGUCCUACCGCUUGGAAGAUUCUUGAUGUUGCUGCCUCCCGCAAUAUCAUCCCUCCCUUGCUCCUCCUUGCUCUUCUCUCCACCAGGAUUGUUUAUUGUAGGAGACUUCAACCGAUAGCUUACAAACUUUACUUGGAACUCGUUAAGCUACAUGCGUUUACGCUGGAAACUCAUUUCAAUUCUCCUAACAACCAAAUGAUUAUGGAAUCAAUUGAUGAUGUUCUUAAGCUUUCUCAAAUAUACGGUCAAAAGGAUUGUGAACCAAGAGUUGUUCUUGUGGAAUUUGUCUUCUCAAUUUUAUCGCAGUUGCUUGAAGCAUCUUUAGAUGAUGAAAGGUUAUUAUAUAAUAUUCCAGAGAUUAAGCCAAGAUGGCUAAGCAAUUCACAUGAUAUGGAUAUUGAUGUGCCUGACUGCAACAAUAGAAUGCAUCGUGAGCAGAAGGAGUGGUUGAUGAGGGAAAAUACAAAGUUGGCUAUUGAGAUCAUUGUAGAAUUUUUGCAGAAUAAAAUGACAUCAAGGCUUCUUUCCUUAGUUCAUCGAAACAUGCCAUUACACUGGGGAUCUUUCAAUUACCAAAUGCAGUUGCUUGCAUCAAACUCUUCACUUUUGAGGAAUUUGAAACAUAAUGCAAACACCCUUUUAUCUUUAAUGGAAAAUAUCCGUGUGGGUAUAUCUCAUGAACGCAAUACAAAAUCUAAGCUGGAGUCUAAUGUAGUAGUCACACCUACUGGUUCUCAAAUAUCUUUUGCUGGUCAAUCUUAUGGUAGUAGCUGGUCUUCACUCUGGCUUCCUAUUGACCUUAUACUUGAAGAUGCUUUGGAUGGAGGGCAAGUAGCAGCUUUUAGUGCUAUUGAAAUUAUUACUUGUUUGGUAAAGCUUUUACAUUCAGUAAAUGGCUCUAAGUGGAAAAAUACAUUUUUGGGUUUAUGGACUGCAGCACUACGGUUGGUUCAAAGGGAAAGGGAUUCAAAAGCAGGCCCUAUACCUCGUCUUGAUACCUGCAUGUGUUUGUUGUUGAGCAUUACAACCCAUGUGGUUGCAAAUAUUGAUGAAGAAGAAGAAAGUGAGUUAAUUGAAGAAGCUGAACGCGGCCCUUCAAAUCCAGGAAAAAGUAAACAGGUUCUGGGGAAGCGUCGUGGGGAAUUGAUUACUAGUUUGCUGUUAUUGGAUCUGAAGAAAGAUUGA